AUGUCCGCCCAUGAGGAGGAGAUCAACAUGAUCUUGAGCAUGUUUAGCGACGAGUGCGAGCGCUACGAGGGCACCUCAGACUCGGUCGUUGUACAUUUGCCGUUUCACUUUGAGCUGCAAGUGACGCUCCCGCCACACGGGUACCCGGAUGCAAGCUACCCGCAACUCUACCUUCUUUCUAGCCCGAACGCGCAGCUGGCCGGCGCCUUCUCUCAGGAAAUAAACAGACGCAUGCGCGAUGAGCUCCCGCUGGGCAUUCCAAUGCUGGCGCUUCUCAUUCCCUUGGCCCAGAGCGUCGCGGAGGAGCUGAAGGACUUGAAGGAGAGAGCGGAUAAGGCUCGCCAGGAUGAGGCGGUGGAAGAGAUGAGUAAACUCCAGCGGAAGGAGGAGCACCGGCGAGAGACAAGUAUUGCUAUCUGGUCAGGCGAGGGGAUUGUGGACCGCCGCUCACGUUUCGUGGCGCACAUGGCACGCGUUCACUCGAUCGAUGAGGUGCGGGAGGUAGUUGGGCAUCUACGCUCCACCAAGAGUAUUGCUUGCGCAGCGCACCCGACAAUUUACGCGUACCGAUUCACUGACGCGAACGGCGUCCUGCAGAAAGACAGCGAUGACGACGGAGAGAGUGGUGCAUCCAUCAAAAUGAUGUUUCUGCUGGACCAUCUGCAGGUCGAUGGCUACGUCGUGGUCGUGACGCGGUGGUGGGGAGGCAUCCUUCUCGGGCCAGACCGCUUCAAACACAUCAUGGAGGUGACAAAGGACAUGCUCCUGACAAUUCCGGAGCGAGAGAAAGGGAUGGCGGCAUCGGCGAAGCGGAAAUCCGUCAGGUGA